AGUUCUUCAAUUUUCUUGAGUUCCUCCGGUCCCUCAAUAUUUUCUAAAAUUUUUUUAAAAUUUCUUUUUAUUUAGUAAUUAUUUUGCCAAUGAAACCCUCCUUUUAUUUUAAACUGUAAUAUCUCAUCACCAAAGAGUACGUUUGAAAAUUUCACUUCUCUUAACAUUCCAAACCUUUGAUGCGAUGGCUUCCAAUUUAAGCACGAGAGACAAGCUUCUUCUACUCAUCGACGAUAUCGAGGCAGUAGCAAAGGAGCUAAUUGAGAAAACUGACUCUAUGAAACAGCAGAAAUUAAAUGGACCCGAACAUAUCCUUCUCACCGAACUUCUGGUUGCCAAAGACAAGGAAUUGAAAGAAACUCUAAAAUUAGCAGAGGAACAAGCGCAAAUAAACAACAGAACAGAAUUGCUGCAGGCAGUUGUAGACAAGCAGGAUGAUUACAUUCAACAGCUGCAGAGACUACUCAAGGAAGCGGAACAAAUCCUUGCAACAGCUUUGUAUCAAGCAAAGCAGAAGCUACAAUCCAUUCAUCGAGCGAGUAAUCGACCAGUCGCAUCUGAAGAACUUAUCAAAUAUGCUCAUCGAAUCAGUGCUUCCAAUGCUGUUUGUGCUCCCUUGACCUGGCAACCUGGUGAUCCUCGGAGACCUUACCCAACAGAUAUAGAAAUGCGAAUGGGAUUCUUAGGACGCCUGAGUGAUCUUCCAAUCAAUAGUCAGAUGCUUCAACAAGGAAACCUGGGAGAUAUUCAUCGAUCAGGUCACCAAGCAGAGCCUCCGGCAUCACAACAAAACCAGUUUUCAUGGCAGCCUAGCGGGGAAAUGCAUGCUGCUAUUGCUGGUCAACAAAUUGCUGUUAUGGAGUCAAGGAAUCACAGUAAAGACAAUGAAGACGUGGAAGUGAUGUCUACAGAUAGUAGCAGCAGCUCUUCAAGCGACUCUCAGUGAAAUCUCUCUGCACAAACUUUAACAAAGAAAUCUCUACUAGUUCAGGAGAGCUGUAAGUCUCUGCAAGUGCAGUCCCAUGUAGGUGUUGUAAGUCUCAGAAUGUAACCAGUCAGAAGAAAAGAGCCUUCAACAUUUAAAAAAUUGAUAAAUGAUCGGUUGAAACAUUCGCUUUGACUCCCACGGAAUUCAAGAUCCAAAAUUAAUCCAUGCCAUAGAGGGUUGCGAGGAUAGGAACUAAACUGAAGAAAAAAGUUCGGUCCAUUCAAAAUUUGGAAAAUUGUUAACGCCUGUCAAACAAUUUUCUUAUUAGAAACUUUACUGUCAUCUCCAGGAUAGGGUAUUGUGUCAACAUUUCUUUGAGUGUUCUGUACCUAGUAUUUUAGGUUUCAACUUCCGUUAAAAGAACAAAAUGAUCAUUUUUGGUCCAAAUCAUAAAGUUUAGAAACUCUCACUCUGCCGUUGUCACUAGAGUCCCUUUAUACCCAGAGUUAAGACAACUCACUUUUGGUUGGGCCAGGGUUGGGCUGAAAGUGGCCUAAAAAAAAAUCCAA